ACCCAAUGUUGGCAGCCCUGAUAUAAACACACUUGACUCUUUAUUUCUCCUUGACGCUCCAUCUAAAUCUGCCCCUCACCAACAUGGCGGAUCCCUGAUCGCCUGCACCCGCAGUCAAUGACGUCAGCAAGGGCUGCCCCUCACCAACAUGGCGGAUCCCUAGUUACCAGCAAGGAUCUUUGGUUACUAGGGCCCCGCAACCCAUCCCAAGCCCGCCAAGAGGCCGUCGAAUACGCACGCGCGCCAGUUGGCGGGAACCGGCCGGCGGGCUCGAGCGGAAGUCACCGGUUCGUCAACAAGGCGGCGGCUCCUCUCAACGCGGGCGAGUGAAGUAAACCGUGAGGGAGGAUUUACUUGGUGCCCGACAGAACCCUCUUGCCCUGCCCUGCCCGCCCGCGCCAUGUUUUCUGAGCACGCCGCCCGCGGAGAGCGGACGCUGCUGUCGGCGUCGCUGCCCGAGCAGCACGGACCCACGUUUGAGCGGCUGCCCCCGGCCUCCUACACUAACUGCUCGGCCUGCUUCACCCUGGGCGAGCGCCACUUCAACCGCCAGUACGCCAGCAUCUACGCCUCCCGGCUGAAGCAGAUGAGACCCGCACUCAUCGAGAGGGCCAAACUGAAAUGGGGGAUGGGUACGGUUUGUGGAGAGGAGACGUGUGAGGUAUGAGUACUGUUGGGCACUGGCAUGGCAGAUUUCAUCAGAUACACAAGUGGAUGAGAUUUUAAUGUAGUUUAGAGAUACAGCGCGGACUUCCGGUGGCGCU